AUGGAGACUGCAACAUUAGUAAGUUUAAAUGCAGGAAUCCAAGGGGGUAAAUCACUUAAGAAUACAUACAGAAAUCAAAUAAAAACUAAUUUGUUUUUUGAUGAGAAUUAUAAAUUAAUUGAAAAUUUUAUAUUAUGUAUACAAGAGAUUGAUAGAGAUUUUCAGGAUUUCAAGAAUUAUGGAAAUUUAAAAAAUAAAACAAGUUCAAAAGAUAAAUCAAAAAAAGAAAAUCAACUAAGAAUAAUAUAUAAUAAUUCAAAUCUUGAAGUUAUUGAAGAAGUUUUAGUUGACAUUGGUUCAAGACUCCAGAUUGUUUCUUUUAAACUUAAUGAUGUUUACUUUGUAUUAAUUAAUUGCCAUAUACCACAAAAGAAGAAAUUAAAACUUGGUGCAAUAGAAAAUUUUUUUAUUUUGAGAGAAAUGGUAAAAAAUUUUCAUUAUUAUAAUAUUCCUUUUAUAAUUGCUGGUGAUAUAAAUCAUAAUAGAACUCAAAUAAUCAACUUAAUAGGUCAUCAUUUUUAUUUUGCAAAUGAUAAAGAUAAAAUAACAACAACAGGUGGUAACUCAAUCGAUCACAUUAUGUACUCCAAUCACAAUAUAUUAGAAAAUUUCCAAGUAUUCAACGAUGCUACAAUAUCCUCAGAAAAUGCAAAAAUCAAUCAUUUUGCUUAA